AUGGAGUCUGUUCUUUUGCACGCCCGUAAAGCAUGCCCCUUUUUGCAUGGCAGCAAUACUUCUGCCCUUCGACAAUUAGCUACCAACAAGUCCAGUGGCGGUCUGUUGCUGAAGGCAAACCAAUGUCCUGUUAUGGGCGCUGCUAUUCAAACCAGAGGCUUGCAUUCAAGUGCUCCUGCAAAGAGUCAAGAGCAGCAAGGACAGCAACAGCCUUUCUCUUAUGAGGGUUUCUAUAAGCAGAUGUUGGAUAAAAAGCACAAUGAUAAGAGUUACCGUUAUUUCAACAAUAUCAAUCGUCUUGCUAAAAAGUUCCCCAUGGCUCAUCUUGCACGUCCUACAGAUGAAGUUACUGUCUGGUGUGCUAAUGAUUAUUUGGGAAUGGGCGCCAAUCCUAUUUUGCUUAAUACCAUGAAAGAUACCUUGGAUCGCUACGGUGCUGGUGCUGGUGGUACUCGCAACAUUGCCGGUAAUGCUGAACUUCAUUUACAAUUGGAAUCCGAAUUGGCAGACUUGCAUCACACAGAGGGGGCUCUCGUCUUCUCCUCUUGUAUGGUAGCCAAUGAUGCUACUCUAUCCACCCUGGGAUCCAGGAUGCCCAACUGUGUCAUCUUUUCUGACGAGUUGAACCAUGCUUCCAUGAUUGAGGGUAUCCGCCACUCCAAGGCAGAAAAGCACAUUUUCCGUCACAACGACCCGGAACAUCUGGAGCAAUUGCUGCAAUCUGUUGAUAUCAAUCGUCCCAAGAUCAUUGCCUUUGAAUCUGUGUAUUCCAUGUGUGGUUCUAUUGCACCUAUUGAAAAGUUCAUUGCCUUGGCCAAAAAGUACAAUGCCAUCACCUUCUUGGAUGAAGUGCACGCUGUCGGUAUCUAUGGCCCUCGUGGUGCUGGUGUAGCUGAACACUUGGACUUUGAUUUGAAUGCUGCUCAGCCUCGUCGUGGUAAUGGCGGUAUUAUGGAUCAAAUCGAUAUUUAUACUGGUACACUGGGCAAGAGUUUUGGUGUUGUUGGUGGCUACAUUGCUGGCUCGUCUCAGUUCAUUGACAUGAUCCGUUCGUACGCUCCUGGCUUCAUCUUUACUACUUCUUUACCUCCUGUUGUCGUCGCCGGUGGUAAGGCUUGCAUCAACUAUCUCAAGAACUCCAAUGUGGAACGUCGUAUGCAGCAAUUGAAUGCUCGCACUGUCAAGUCUCGUCUGGGCGAACUUGGUAUCCCUGUGGUCCCUAAUCCUUCUCACAUUGUUCCUGUUCUGUUGGGUGAUGCUGCUGCUGCCAAGUUGGCUUCUGAUGAGCUGUUGAGCAAGUAUAAUAUUUACGUUCAAUCCAUCAAUUUCCCUACUGUGCCUGUUGGACAUGAGCGUCUUCGUAUCACACCUUCUCCUGGCCAUACACCUGAGAUGAUUGACCAUCUUGUGGAUUCCUUGCAAGAAAUCUGGAACCGCUAUGGGUUCAAGCGCGUUGUUGAUUACGAAGCUGAAGGCGGCCGCUGCAAUGUAGGUGACAAGAACUAUGGCGGCGUCAAGCCCAUGUGGACUGAUGAGCAACUGAACUAUAACUUGCCCAUCGAAGAAUCUCAACAAAAGACUUCAGCUGUUUAA